UAUUUAUAACUCUGUGGAUUCCCUAUAUGUCCCUAGUCCUCCUUCAGAAUCUCAAUAACUAGCCAAACCCUAUAGCCAUCAAUGACAGAAACCAACGACCAAGGACGUAGUCCUAAGGCUAGAAGAAGGUGUUUCAUUGUUGGUGGGUUGAUUCUCCUCUUGCAGUUGCUGCUAUUCAUUACUUUUCUUAUCCUAGUAUUGACAGUCUUCAAGCCUAAAGCGCCCCAAACCCAGCUGCUAUCAGCUACCCUCGAAGGCAUCUCUCCUCGCAUCUCAUUCCCUGUUGUUAAUAUCCAACUUAACAUCACCCUCAACCUAACGCUCCUCGUCAAGAAUCCUAACCAUGUCAGCUUCAAGCACGGCCCCGGAAAGAGCUACCUUCUAUAUCGAGGCGAUGAGGUGGGAGAUGCUGACCUGUACCCGGGCCUGAUACCCUCUAAGGGCACCGAGACACUUCCUUCCCGGCUUACUAUACAGGUGGAUCAGAUGGCAGCUGAUAUGGCAGCUUUAAUCAGUGAUGUUCUAGCCGGACAGAUUGUUCUGGAAACACGCACUAGAAUUCCAGGCAGGGCCACCUUCCUGAAGAUAUUCAAAAAGCAUGCUGUCGCUACAUCUGAUUGUCGAUUCACUAUUGAUAUUCCUUCCCUGAAGAUUCAAAGCCAGGAAUGCAAGAACAACACUAAAUUUUGAUUAAAUCAACUAAAGCAUCCAUCCCCACCACGCUUCUUCAGUUUUGCCUUGCGCACCAUAUACGUAGGAAACAGUAAGCAAGCUGGUCAAUUAGUUCUUCUGUUCAUCAGUUUCAAUCGUUUUAGAGAAUCCAAAUCCAUUAUUUGUGUGCUGCGUAUAUAUUGUGUGUUUUUCUCAGCCACUUCUAGAGAGUAGGGAGUAGAGGCUGGAAAAACAUCUGUAUAUUGUAAUCAUCUGCAAACACAACUACUGCUAUUUUAUUUUCAUUUUUGCUA